UAUUUAAAGUUGCUUUAUCCAAUAACUCACGCACUUGUCAGACAUUACAGAGAGUAAAAUCAAGAUCUAGGUAUGAAAAUGAAGCUCAUACUUCACAUCAAAUUAAAGAUCUGAGCUAUGGACGUUGCGGAUGCUUCUAUAGGGGAGCUUGUUGAGCGGCUAGUACAAGUAGCAGAGGAAAAUACAUGGUUGGCAUUGGGGGUCAAAGAUGAGAUACACAAUCUGGUGGACGACCUCAAAUUGUUGAAGGCUAAUCUCAAGAAAGCGUCGGCGCAUGAGAGCGCCAACCAUGUCCUAAAAGAUGUCGUGGACAAGAUCCUAAACGUGGUAAGCGAUGCGGAAGACGCAAUCUGUAAGUACAGUAUGGAGAAGAGGAAACAUACAGUCAAAGGGAUAUUUAGUUUCGGUUUUGCUAAAGAGAUCCAAAGCAUCAGAGGCAAGGUUAAAAAAAUUCAGCAAGACCACGCCCAAGCUUUUCAGGCCUUCAUAUAUGAGCACGAUAGAGUGUAUAUAAGAUGCACAGUAGAGUUAACUACAUCAGUGGAGGAGCUUGUACUCCAAGUAGAUCGGCUAGAAGUAGUACUCCAGGAAAACGCGUCGCUACUAAUCGUGAUAAAGGGUGCGAUCAAUAAACUGUGGCCGUAUGUCGAAGACUUCAGAAGUGAUCUGAAGGUAGCGUCUAAGAAUCAGAUUCGCUAUGACAAUUUUUAUGUCCUACGGGAUGAGCUGGAAAAGAUCCGAAAUGUGGUAUCAGAUGUUGAAGACAUGAUUGAUAUUGUCGUUGUGAAGAGGAAGAAGUAUAAAGACAAAGGGGUAUUAUUGAGAUGCUUGGAAACACUUCAUUAUUAUGCCACGGUUUACAUUUAUGCUAGAAGGAUACAUGCACUCACAAGCAGAGUUAGGAAAAUCGAAAAUGUCUGCCACCUAGAUCCUGAAGGCCUCAUGCCUUCUUCAAGAAAAAGAGACCCUGCUCUACGAAAGCCGGCUCUCAUACCCGAAGUGGAAGAAGAAAAUGUGGUUGGCUUGGAUAAUGAGGUGGAAAUUAUAAAGAAUGAUCUCUUAGGAGGAUCAAAGAACUUGAGAUUCAUUUCAAUUAAUGGAAUGGUUGGUCUUGGCAAAACCACAUUGACCAAAAUGGUGUUUUGGGAUCGUGAUAUUGAGUAUGAAUUUUUUUAUCGCUAUUGGGUUUGUGUUUCAAGACCAUUUAAUAAAAAGCAAAUAUUUCUAAACAUUUUGAGUAACUUCACCAAGAAAACUAAAGACUUUGAUGAUAUGUCUGAGGAGAACUUAGUUCAAAAAAUAAGAGAAUUUUUGAGGGAUAGAAAGUAUCUUAUUGUAAUAGAUGACCUACGGGACAUUCAUGAUUGGAUUUCAUUGAAGAUUGCUUUUCCACGCAAUAAGAAUGGCAGUAGAGUAUUGGUGACCACUCAAUAUAUAUGUGUGGCUCGUGUAUCUAGUUCCAAUAACCCUCACCAACUAAAAUUUUUGGAGGAUGAAGAAAGUUGGGAGUUAUUGAAAAGGAAGGUUUUUGGUAAAGAAGGAUGUCCUCUUCACUUAGAAAGACUUGGUAGGCGCAUAGCAACAAAAUGCAAUGGACUACCGCUUGCCGUGAUUUCAAUUGCUGGUGUCCUACAUAAGGACUCCUCAGCUAGUGAAUGGAAACGUCUAGCUCAUGAUCCCUUACCAGUAAUUAAUCGAGAAAAUCAGAGUUACAAUGCACUAGUAAAGUUGAGGUAUGAUGAAUUGCCAUCUUUGUUGAAAGUUUGCUUCCUAUACCUUGCAACUUUUCCUAAAGGACAUGAAAUUGCUGCCUGGAAACUGACUAGUUUGUGGAUAGCUGAAGGACUCAUUCCAAGGCCUGAAUACACCUUUGUCACAGAAGAGGUUGAAGCCGAGGAGUAUUUGGAACAACUUGUUAAUGAGAAUUUUGUGAUGGUUUUGAAAAGAAGAGCAGAUGGCCGAAUAAAAACAUGUCACAUUCAUAACACAUUACACGAGUUUUGUAGAACUGAAGCUACGAAAAAGAAUCUGUUUCAGGAAAUGCAUGGAGGUGAAUAUGAGGUAAACAAUAUCACUCGUCGUAUUUGUGUCCGCUCAAACGUUUUGGAGUUGUUGAGAUCAGAAAACAAGCAAUCUAAUGAGCACGUACGCUCUUUCUUAUCUUGCUCCAUAAAACAAGAUAUUCCGAAUGACUGCUUGGCCGCCAUUCCAAAAUCCUUUCCUCUUCUUAGGGUGAUGGAUGUUGAAUACCUAAAAUUCAGCAUGCUGCCAAAAGAAUUCUUUCGCCUCUACCAUCUGAGAUUCCUUGCAAUGUCGACUGAAUUCAAUAUCCUCCCGAAGCUCUUCAAUAAUCUUUCGAACAUGGAGACACUUGUGUUGAACACUACAGAAAGUAGUCUUGAAGUUAAGGCAGGCAUAUGGAGUAUGCGUAAACUAAGGCAUGUGUACUGCAACACUUCCAUGCAGCUGCCUCCUCCUCCAAAACAUAGCAUGAACAGCUCAGGAAGUAUAGACCUAAAGACACUUUGUACCAUAUCACCUUCAAGUUGCACAGGGGAAAUUUUCGACAAGACCCCCGAUCUUCAAAAGUUAGGAAUUCGUGGGAAUUUAGUUGAGCUUCUGAAAACCAAGAGAGAAAUUUGUUUGUUUGACAAUCUUCAAAAUUUGCGUCGCCUGGAAAAUCUGAAGCUCAUAAAUAAUGAUGUCGACCAAGGUAGUAGCAUGUUGCAGAUCGGCUUUCCUCGUGCUAAAAAAUUUCCACCCAGGUUAAGAAAGUUAACUCUGUCGAACACAGCAUUUGAAUGGAACAGCUUGAGUAUAUUGGGAAUGUUGGGUUAUCUUGAGGUCCUUAAGUUGGAGGACAAUGCAUUUAAAGGAGAGUCCUGUGAUGUAAACAAUGUGGUUUUCAAAAGCUUGCAAUAUUUGAGAAUUGGAAGUAGUGAUUUAGUAUCUUGGACAGUUUCAAAAGCUACUUUUCCGAUACUAAAAUGUCUAAUCCUCAGACACUGCACUAUGCUUGAUGUUGUUCCAUCUGCCUUUGGUGAAGUUGAGAGUCUUAAGGUGAUGGAAUUAUAUUGCACAAACGAAAAGGCCGUUAUUUCUGCUCGUGAAAUACACAAGGAAAAGGGUGGUGGAUUUCAGCUCUCUAUCAAUUCUCCUUUAUGACCAAGAUGCCAUCAAUUUCCUUCUCCCAAAAGUUGAAUCCGCAACCCCAAAGACCUCACAUUCCGAUCGGACAGAACCUUUGGGAUGAUAUAAAUAACUGUAACUCAAUGUCUUAAUAGACAGGCCGCAUCAAUUUCCUGUUGAAAUAAAUAAAGGUAGGGCCAACUUGAAUGUAUUAAUUAUUCCAGUUUGAUCAGCAUGUUAGAGUGUUGAAAGAUUUUCUUUCUGCUUUUCAAUUUUGUUUCCAGACUACAUAUUGGAUGUUACGUUGAUUGUUUUGCACUGUCCUGCGAUUCGUACGUAUUGAUAUUUUAUUUAUUAAUUUUUGUUGGUUUUA